AUGCCUCCUAAACAAAUGUCGCUGGAGGCAGCGCUCGAUGAAGAGCGGCUUGAGAUCCUGAAUAUCCUCGAUGGUCGCCCCUCACGUCCGCAGGAGCCUGCCAGAUCUAGCCAUGCCCCGCCAAUCCGGAGUAUGCUUGAUAUCGCUCCAGACCAUGCUGCACCGAGGCAUAACUCCAUUGCGGGCGUUGGCGUCGGUAUCACAGCAUCCUCCUCCAAUCGACCAGCAGUUCAAGCUCCAGUGCGUAGCUUGCUCGAUCCCGUUUCACCCUCGCCUCUACGGUUAACCCAGAGUGCUGAUGCUUCCCCGCCUCACCAUGACGUAUCCCCCACCUCUCCCAUAUCAACCAGAUCAGCCAAGUCUCCAAGGUCCCCCUUGUCACCAAAAACAUCACCCACAUACGAGGAUGCUUAUCGUUGUUUUUCAGAAACCUCCUCUAGCUCGUUACCCGUAAGGAAGAAACAGGACCUCGACGGGUAUCAGUUCGAAAUGUUGCCAAGUAUCCCCAGCCAAGCCUUGCCAAAACGAGUGACACAAGGCGGGAAGAAGUCCUCGAAUCACAGCAGCAAUGCCCCCCACGUCAGUUCCAUGGUAGCUGUCAUGUCUGGACAGGACUUGGGUGGACUGCCUGGUUUCACAAGGGGCCGGGACACAAUCCAACACGGAGGAGGCAUGGGCGUGACUGGUCGUCAUUCGAAAUCCCCAGGUGGUCGCUCACGAUCUCCAGGUGCAGGUCUACUUCUCAAUACAAAUUCCUUCAACCCAAUGCCCACUCCGGGGAAAUAUGUCACGGACACGGGAAAGGUUAUUAAUCUGGAUCAUGCGUACCGACGACUGUCGAACGCAGCGUUGUCGAGGGCCGGUGGAACUUUGGCCAGAUUCCAAAAACCGUCUACGAGUUGUGAGAGGGGGGAGGAUGAGGUAUCGGAAUCUGGGGACCCACGACUUGAAAAGGAUUACUAUUCGGGUGACGACGGGAUCAGUGACGACGAUAGCAGCGAUGAUAAUGACGAUUCAAGUUCGGGGGAUGAUGAUUGGACUUCUGAAAUACAACGGGGGCGAAGGCGUAGUCGUAAGAAAUCAGACUCUGAAGGUGCUUCGGAUGAGAAUGGAGUUGGUGAGAGUGGUGGACAGCAGAAAGUGCGCAGUCUUCUUGCUGCCGCUGAGGAAGAACGAAAAACCGUCUCAGCUACAUAUAAAGUAAAAUCACUCCUCGACCCCAUUCCCUCUGCAGCAGAAAAGCUUCCAUUGAAAAAAUCGGGCGUCCACCCCGCCACCAGCUUCGACUGCACAGCAUCAAUCCCCAACACUCCCGCCGCCUCAGAUGACGAGGCUCAAAUCUACGACUUCAAAAAGGCACAGAAUCUAAGCAUCUACAUGUCUCCCAUCGACCAGUCCGUACCCAAUCGUGUCAUCCGAACCAUCGUGCGUGGAGAGUUCACGCGCGUCCAAGAGGAAGUUGAGCAGGCGGAACAAAGGAGCAAUGGACGGAUUAGGUUGCGCACGUACCUUGUUGCGACAGAUUUGAGUGACGAGAGUGUUUAUGCGUUGGAGUGGACUAUUGGGACCAUUUUGAGGGAUGGGGAUACGCUGUUUGCUGUCUAUGCGAUCGACGAGGAAGGGGCUGCAGGUGGGGCUGAGAAGGGGAAGGGAGGAGGAAGCGGGGAAAGUGAUUCGUUAAAUGGGGUGGGAAUUGCGGAUGGGGUUAAGGCCAUGCUAGAUGUGAUGAUGGUGGUGGGGUCGCAGACGGAGAGGACGGGGGAAAAUGCUUCUAUUACUGCGAGAGGAGGAGGUGGUGGUGGUGGUGGUGGGGCUGGGACAGAUAGCAAAAGUGGCUCAACUGAUUCACGGGCUAUGUCGAAGGCGGAGAUGGAGAGGUUGCAUGCUGUCGAGGGGAUAUCGCAGACUGUUGUGAGGUUGUUGAGGAAGACGAGGUUACAGGUUCGGGUUGCUGUGGAGGUUAUUCAUUGUAAGAGUCCGAAGCAUUUGAUUACUGAUGCGAUUGACGGGUUGGAACCUACGUUGGUUAUUUUGGGAUCGAGAGGGCGGAGCGCGCUCAAAGGCGUGCUCCUCGGCUCAUUCUCCAAUUAUCUUGUCGCCAAGUCCUCCGUGCCAGUGAUGGUGGCACGUAAGAAACUGAGGAAACAUACCAAGUUUAAGACGACAAACAUGCGCCUGUCGAAUAAUCUUACCACACCGAAGAAGUUGGCGUAUGCGAAGAUUGAUUGA